AUGACCAACUUCCGGCUACAGAGAAAAAAAUUGAUUCCAACCAGCUGUGUUGACAAACUUUCAGCAAAAAUUGACAUUAGUGGUAAAUUUUUGCAGCAACCAUUUCCACAACAACAGCUAUUGCCUAAAAACUCCCAACCUCUUUUUUCAGAUUUGGCCAAAUCUCUAGCCGGAGAUGGGUUUUCAUUGGUACAACGUAAAAAUAAACUGCAGCGAACGUUGACUCAUGAAAUCAAAGAUGUCAAUGAAGAUGUGCUUGGAGUUGAAGUUCACAACCAGCAAGACAGCCACAGACUCAUUGUACCUAAAAAAUUCCACAAAGUUGUCGGUAACAAGACUGAAUCUGUAAAACUUAAGGCAACCGAGUUUCCGGUGAUAUAUUUUGGUGUUAUCAUCAGAGAUUGGAUAUUCAACAAACAUCCCAAUCAAAUCAAAGACCACACCAUGGAGUCAUCCAACAACAAAAACAUCAACAAAGAACUGUCGACAGUGAAUAGAGAUAAUCAUGAAAAAACAUCUACCUACGAUGGUGGCACAUAG